AUGGAGCCGCUUCGGGUGCACGUCUAUCAGGGUGGACGUUACAUCAACUCUGCUGUGUGGCCCUCUGACGUAACCGAGUUUCUUACCGCGCAUGCAAAUGCUAUGAGUCCUGAUGGCGCUCGUUACAUUGUCCGAAACUUGUUGCUUCUAUGCGAUCGCGAACAAGAUUACUUGGAUUCUUCGGCUGGCAGGGAGGAGAGCAGUCAGGUAUCCAUGGCAGGCGUGGCAGAUGAUGACUCUCAGCAGGCACAUGGGCAAAACAUGGUCCUCCGGGAGGAGAGCAGUCAGGUCUCUGUUGCGGGCCUGGCAGAUGAUGACUCCCAGCAGACAUACGGGCAAGCUGUGGCUAUCAGGGAGGAGAGCAGUCAGGUCUCCGUUGCGGGCCUGGCAGAUGAUGACUCCCAGCAGACACAUGGGCAAGAUGUGGCUAUCAGGGAGGAGAGCAGUCAGAUCUCCGUUGCGGGCCGUGCAGACGAUGACUCGCAGCAGACAGAUGGGCAAAAUGUGGCUAUCAGGGAGGAGAGCAGUCAGAUCUCCGUUGCGGGCCUUGCAGACGAUGACUCGCAGCAGACAUAUGGGCAAAAUGUGGCUAUCAGGGAGGAGAGCAGGCGGGUCUCCAUUGCUCUUGCAGAUGAUGACACUCAGGAGACGCCUGGGGGAGGCAGCAGUGCGGCAUCAGGUCAUGUGGGCACUCCGGAGGCACCGCGGCGCGUCCAAACAGACCAGGUUGCAUCCGAUAGUGGCUCUCCGGACUCCCAGAGCAAGAGACAGAGAACGCAGUGA